UUAGUUUACUGCCAGAAGUCAAGCUUAAGACAUUGAAAAAUGCUAAAAAUUAAAUACAAUCCUAAAGAUGAAUAUUUGCAAAUUAAUCAGUUUUGGCUUAGAGAUCAUUGCAGAUGUAACAAGUGUUACAACGAAGCCACCAAACAGAGAAAAUAUAAUUUGUUAGACAUACCCAAGGAUGUUAAAGCUGAAGAAAUUACUUAUUUAAAUGAGGGAAAGUUAUUGAAAGUAAUAUGGAGUGAUGGCCAUGUUUCGCAAUACGAUAUGGACUUUAUAUAUAUGGUGCAAGUGGAGAAUAAUAAAUUGAGUAAUCAUUUUCAUUCUACUAAAACUAAAUGGAAUUUACCAAUAAUAUUACAAAAUGAGAGACAUUUACGUUUUAAACUUACCGAUUUGGUGUCCCAGGAAUCAUGUGUCAAGGAAUUGGUUUCAUCUUUGAUAUGUUAUGGCCUAGUGUUUAUUGAUGAAGUGCCAGCAAAUACUACCAUGACCGAAAUGGCUAUACGUAGAGUGUUUCCCGUAAUGAAGACAUUUUUUGGUGAAAUGUAUACCUUUGCCGAUGCACCUGAUCAUGCUGAUACUGCCUAUACCAAAGAGUACAUUGGUUCACAUACGGAUAAUACAUAUUUUUGUGAUGCAGCUGGCCUACAAGCUCUCCACUGUCUGGAACAUGUUAAUGGUGAAGGUGGCGAAAACUUUUUUGUCGAUGGUUUGCAUUGUGCUUUAGAAUUGAAAAGACGUAACCCUAAAGCAUUUGAAAUACUUACUAAAGUCCAUGUACCGGCCGAGUACAUAGAAGAAGGUCAACACCAUACAUAUUCGGCACCAAUUAUUCGCCUGGAUCCCACAACUCAGGAAAUUAUACAAUUACGUUUAAAUAUCUAUGAUCGUGCUGUAUUCAAUACUUUGCCUCAACACGAAAUGUCGGAGUUUUAUGAAAGUUUUCGCCAAUUUUUGGAAAUUGUACAAAGUACAGACAAUCAAUGGCACCUUAAACUGGAGCCCGGUACUAUAGUCUUAUUUGAUAACUGGCGUGUAUAUCAUGCCCGAAAUUCAUAUACUGGUCAUAGAACCAUGACUGGUUGCUAUGUACAAAGAACUGAUUAUAUGAGCAAAGCCAGAAUAUUGGGCAUAAUUGAUUGAUUAAAUGGUGAAUUUUUAUAAUAUUUUUACAUGAAUGUAAAACUUUAAGACAUAUGUAUUUGAUAACAAGAUUAUUGAAAAUUAAAUGAUAAAAUAACAAAAAUAAACUUCAUAAAACGUUUUGCAACAUCAAAUCGUCUGAAGUAGAACUAUAACUAAUUAUUUUUAUGAAAUAACGAGUAAAAGAAAUUAAACAAUUUAAUAUUAUUUUCAUUUUUAAAAAUUAAACAA